AUGGCGGAAUCCGGAGGCGGCAAUGGGGGCAAUGGCAGUGAUAGAGGUGGUGAUGACGAGGUUCGACCGAGGGGCGAGCCCGAGAUCAUGGGUGUCCGAAUCGACGAUCCAUCGACUGUAGAGGCUUCGUCGGCCAUUGGUGUAGCAGUUACAAACGAGUCUGGUGGUGGCGAUGGCCAUGCACGGGCGGCGGUUGGUGGUGAUGAGGGGCGUACGCCAGGAGAGGUGGGGCGUACGCCAGGUUCUGUUGGUACAGGGGGUCCACGGGUUCGUCGAUUGGAUCCACGGAGCGGUGUAGAGGGUUUGGUGAUCACAGGUUUGGGCUCGCCCGGGGCCGGCGGCAGUGGCAGUGGCAGUGGCAGUGGUAGUGGUAAUGGUGGUGGUCAACCGGGGACACCACCAAGGGAUCCUGCAAGGGGCAAGGGUCCCGUGGUUAAGGAGGGGGUGUCCGGGGAGGUGCCCAUGGAGGAGGUUGAGUUUAUGCCGGCAGUAGGGUCAUCGGCGCAUGUACUCAUCACUCGGGGGGAUUUUGCAGAGUUUGUGUCGGAGGAGGAGCUCGGCCGUUUGCUCCGGGAGAAUCCGAGGGUGGUGGCUGCGGUGCUGGCAGCGCGGGAGGAUCGGCUCCGGCAGAGAGGGGCGGCCAGUACUCGAAGCCAUGGAGGUCCUGCGAGCUCGCUUGAGUUGUACCGAGGGCUGCCAGAGCAGGCCAGGGCUUUGGUUGACGCUGCAGGGUUCCGGCCGUUCAUCCUCACGUUGACGGCCAUGAAGAGCGACCACGCUCUGCUUAAUGCGCUGACCGAGAGGUAG